CAUCCUCCUAGAUGAAGAGGGUCACAUUAAGAUUACAGAUUUUGGCCUGAGCAAGGAGGCCAUUGACCAUGACAAGAGAGCGUAUUCAUUCUGUGGGACAAUAGAGUACAUGGCCCCAGAGGUGGUCAAUCGGCGAGGACACACGCAGAGUGCAGACUGGUGGUCCUUUGGUGUGCUAAUGUUUGAGAUGCUGACAGGGUCAUUACCUUUCCAGGGAAAAGACAGAAAGGAGACAAUGGCUCUCAUUCUCAAAGCCAAGCUAGGAAUGCCUCAGUUUUUGAGCAUGGAAGCCCAAAGUUUGCUGAGAGCCCUCUUCAAAAGGAACCCAUCCAACAGAUUAGGUGCUGGCCUCGAUGGAGUUGAAGAAAUUAAACGGCACCUGUUCUUUGUGACUAUAGACUGGAAUAAACUAUAUAGGAAAGAAAUCAAGCCACCUUUUAAACCAGCAGUGGGACGGCCAGAAGACACAUUUCAUUUUGACCCGGAGUUCACAUCACGGACCCCUACAGAUUCCCCUGGUGUUCCUCCCAGUGCCAAUGCUCAUCAUCUUUUUAGAGGAUUCAGCUUCAUUGCAUCCAGUUUGGUGCAGGAGCCUUCACAGCCAGAUUUGCACAAAAUCACAGUUCAUCCAAUUGUGCAGCAGUUACAUGGGAACAAUAUUCAUUUUACAGAUGGAUAUGAGAUCAAGGAGGACAUAGGUGUUGGCUCCUAUUCAGUAUGCAAGAGAUGUGUGCAUAAAGUAACAGAAGCAGAGUUUGCGGUGAAGAUAAUUGAUAAGAGCAAACGAGACCCCUCUGAAGAAAUUGAGAUUCUCUUGAGAUAUGGGCAGCAUCCAAACAUCAUUACUCUGAAAGAUGUGUAUGAUGAUGGGAAGUAUGUGUACCUGGUGAUGGAGCUAAUGCGAGGAGGAGAGCUAUUAGACCGAAUCCUUCGACAGAAGUGUUUCUCAGAACGAGAAGCUAGUGCUGUCCUUUGCACCAUUACCAAGACGGUGGACUAUCUGCAUUCCCAAGGAGUUGUGCAUCGAGAUCUGAAGCCCAGUAACAUUCUCUACAUGGAUGAGUCAGGAAACCCAGAUUCCAUCAGGAUCUGCGACUUCGGAUUUGCCAAACAGCUGAGAGCAGAGAAUGGACUGCUCAUGACACCUUGCUACACAGCCAACUUCGUAGCCCCUGAGGUCCUGAAACGACAAGGUUAUGACGCAGCCUGUGACAUCUGGAGCUUAGGGAUCCUGUUGUACACCAUGUUGGCAGGAUUCACACCUUUUGCAAAUGGACCAGAUGACACCCCAGAAGAGAUACUAGCCAGGAUUGGCAGUGGAAAGUAUGCACUUGCAGGAGGAAACUGGGAUUCAGUGUCCGAUGCUGCCAAGGAUAUUGUCUCCAAGAUGCUUCAUGUAGAUCCUCAUCAGCGGCUAACAGCAGUCCAAGUGCUAAGACACACGUGGAUAGUGAACAGGGAAUAUCUAUCUCAAAAUCAACUCAGCAGACAGGAUGUUCACCUGGUGAAGGGUGCAAUGGCAGCCACGUACUUUGCUUUAAACAGAACACCUCAGGCACCAAGGCUGGAGCCUGUAUUGUCCUCCAAUCUGGCUCAGAGGAGGGGCAUGAAAAGACUUACCUCAACAAGGUUAUAGCAGAUCCCAAAAAUGCCUCACUGAAACCCACAGUUUGUUAUUCAAGAGGUUCAUCUUUAUUACUCAGUUAACAGAACUUUGGACAACUUGCACAUGAAGUCACCAGAAUCAGCAGAAGUCCAGCAUAAGGCAAAGUUACCCUUUGCUGUUUUAUUUUUUAUAUUCAGGCUAGGAUCCUGAAUCAGCAGCUUCUCCAAGAUGUGCCAAUUGCCCUAUUUCCUUAUUGACUUACAGCCAAAUAAAAUAGAUUCCCUCCCAACCCCAAGUACUAUUUUUGAAUCCUUAAGAUGUUCUGAGAUCACUUUUUUAAAGCACUUUUCACAGUGAAAGCAAGCAGUUUGAUUUAAAAGUUAUCAACUGAGCCAGCAUCUGCAUCAUGGUGAAUUGGCUCAACCAGUCAGCAGUAUACAUCUACUGAUCAUCAGCUGCACUGAAGCCCAUCUCAAAGGAAUUGAAGGUUGAGGAGACAUGGUGCCAAAUACCAGACUUAGAAAAAAUUCUGUACAAAGUGAAGGAGAAAGAGCUGUCACUGAUGAACACAUCUCUUGAUUCUAAGAAAUCUUGUGAACUCUCCCACUCUCAUCUGAUGUUGAAUAAGGUAUGGAACAGUGACAGACCCUUUAAAAGCAGAUGUCACGAGCCCUAAUAUAUCGAGGUUUGGCAGAGAACUCUGGGAACUGCAAUCUCCAAAAGGGAUUGUUAGGUCUCAUGUGAAUGAGGUCAGAUGUCUGGCCAAGACUAUAUGAGUAGGAGCCUGAGGCUCAGAGAGGAGAUGUCAGGGCCAACUCUAGGCACCAGCUUAGCAAGCA